AUGCCGGGCGUACGGGUGUCCAUCGCGACGUCCAUUUUCGACUACCACGUGUACGACAGAGUCGUUGGACAGCGCGCUGGUGUUCAUGUCUGGAACAGCUCUCACGUCGACUUCGCUGCCUUGAAGGCGGAUAAAGCGUGCGGCAACGGUACCAAGCUCAUCUACUACAUGUCCCCGGGCCAGGUGCUAAGCCGAGAGUUCACUUCCAAGGACACGCAUUCGUCAAGGGGUGAUCUGGUUGUGUCUUACACUAAGGUGAACAACCUGGAUACGACCAACGCCCUUCGUGCCAUAAUCACGACGCUGAUUCUUGGAUUCAACGCCCCGUCGUUCACGUAUGGAACAGAUCUGAUUUUACCGGCUGGCAUGAACGCGGAGCUAAGGAAGGUGCUCCUGUCUGCAUCUUCAACGCUUGCAGACGAUGCCGUGGGGUCGCCCCUGUCGUUGAAGAAACAGGAAGCUCCACCAACCGGAGACGAAGAGCAACAGGAGCUGGACCUUCUGCGAGACUACGUUUUGGCGACGGCUAGUAUCCAUCAGCUACAAAAAAAUGUCUUCAUUCCGGAGCUCUUGGCCGGCCUGUCGUACGCAAGAAAUACCGAGGGCGUAAGUUUUCAUAACCCCGCGCAGUGGACCCACGACCACAUCUUCAAGGAGAAGUCCGUUUGGGACAUCCCACUCGUGAAACCUCACUUCAGCUGCGCGCUGGACAUUAAUCUGUCGCUACAAGGCUUGGACGUCGCAGAGCAGAUUGGCAAUUUGGUGGACAGUUUCCGCCGUGGCGCUAGUUGCGAGCUUGGCUUUGAAAAAAUGCACAAGAAGCACCUGAACACGAAGCCGCACUGGGAGUUCGGCCCGCUGACGUCACGUGAUCCCACGGAAAACGAAAGGAGAAAGCUCGAACGCAUGCCGAGCCUCAAGGACUACCACAUCAGCGUGAUGUUUAGAACAUUUUUCGGAGACGCCGUCCUCUUCAAUGUCGCACUUCCCACGGUGGCCAGAUAUUUCCCAGAUGCCAAGGAAGUAGUGGUCGUCGUAGAAGAAUCCGAUGGAGAGCUGUUCGAGGAAAUUAUCAAGCCGCAUCAAAAUACGGCCCCUUUCCCCAUCCGCGUUGUCACCGAGCCCGACAUUAUGGACGGUCACAUUCAGCAGAAGUACUCCAAGCUGCGAGCCGAUCUUUACUGCGAGGGUGACUUCAUUCUGCACCUCGACUCCGACGUGGUCCUGUUCGAGCCUCUGACUUACGACCACAUCUUUCACUGGGGAAAGCCGGUUUUACCGUUUCGUCGAUACCGAGAAGAGAUCAUUACAGGCCAACAACUGUCCGCGUGCUGGAGAAAAGGCACUUCUUUUGCGAUUGGGGAAGACGUUGUUCACGAGUUCAGCAUCUUCAACACACACGUGUACCCCCGCAAAAUGUACCCUGCCAUUCGAGAUUUCAUUGCGGAACGCCAUGGAAUACCUUUCAAAGAGUUCAUGGCCAGUCGAAGAGGAAAAUGUAUGAGUGUGAAGACGCUCAAAAAGUGGACACUUGAAGAACAAACCCUCCUCCUAUCAGACUUCAAUCUCAUGGGCGCCUACCUGUGUGUGACUUGCCUCGGGCGUACCCACUCGGUUCGUGGUGCGUCUUCUUCAACUUCAAGGUAUCAUAUGCCCGACGAAAUGCAUUGGAUGGCCACCGACCCGUACGACAUGCAAGUGGACGAGUGGCGCAGGGACGUCACCAGAUACGCGUGGGUUUGCCAAGCGAACGGUCGACAUGUGCCCGAGGACAAACCAGGCGAGGAGCAAUACAUCAGAGGUUUGCUCAGUAUCUCCAACUUCAAUGAAUGCGUUGGCUUCAAACUGUUCUGGAAGCGAAACAUUAUGAAGAAUCCAGAGUCACGCGAGCCCAACCCUCCCCAGUUUCUGGAGGAAUACUGAACGCAGAUUUGGGAUAGACGGGAUUUGCGUCGGGUCGGGUUAACAAUACCCUGGUGAAACCGGGUGCUCUUGAGGCCACCAGGCUAGGUCGGGUUUAAUUCGUACUGUAACUAUGUAGUCGAGCACUCGAACGAUCGGGGAUUACUUGCUGAACUUAUUUUGGGAAAAGCACGUCGAGCCUGUUCCCCGGAAGUGGCGGGCAGGUGUGAGUAGAGUGUGGAUCUGAACCUGGUGCCAGGGAAAGGGAGCAGGGAACUGCUGUUUUCAAUGUUCUCCGGUGAGACAAUUUUACCGAGUUCUCGCCUAACAUCGAACGAGGUGGCCUGCCACCGCUAUCCCCAGAGAGACGGGUUUGUGGUUCGUGGAGAAUUUCGUUAGUGUGGGGCAGAAGGGUGCCAAGCGUGUCAGCAAAUAAGGCUCUGGCUUCCCCCUCUCUCACACUCACUUUAUUCGAUCAUCUGUUGCUGUUCUAUCAUUCAAGUUGUGAAAUUGCGAUUGCUCUUCGAAAAGUGAACGAGGCGCGCCGCUUUUGGGCUUUACACCUGAGCAGUGACUACUGACUGCUACUGACUAAAAUUGAAGGCGGUGGGGUGUCGACGGUACCUAACAUCAAGUGCUUGCAGCCGCUCCCUCCGCU